AUGUUAUUGGGUAUAUCGUUAUGGGGUAAAUGGAUCAAGAUUUAUCGUCUUAAAAAGAAGAGUUUCUGGGAAGUUAAGGCUACAACACAAGCAAGGUCUUGGAUGUGGAGAAAAUUAUUGAAACUAAGGGAGGUUGCGAAAAAUUUCUGUAAGAAAGAGGUGGGUAAUGGUCGCCAUAUUUCGUUUUGGUUCGAUAAUUGGUCUAAUAAAUGGGUGCUCUUUGAUAUAUUGGGAGAAAGAGGUAUUAUUGACAUGGGUUUUAGGAAAGAGGCUACAUUGGAGGAAGCUGUAAUGAAUAACAGGAAGAGAAGAAAACAUAGAUCUGUGGUUCUUAAUGAAAUUGAAGCUGAGCUGAUAGCUGUUAAGGAGAAGAUUAGUCACAAUGUGAUGGAUGUGAAUUUAUGGAAGAGGAAGUUGGGGUUCAAAGCUGAAUUUUCGUCUCAUGAGACUUGGCUGCUGUUGCGGGAAUCCUAUGCCCAAUGUCCUUGGGAAAGAGGUGUUUGGUUCUCGAUGGCCACACCAAAGUUCGCAUUCAUUACUUGGCUGGCAAUGUUGGACAGGUUAUCAACUAUGGAUAGAAUCUCCAGUUGGAGCCAGGGAGUGGACACUACUUGUGCGUUGUGUAAGAAUGCCACAGAGACUAGAAACCACCUAUUCCUUUCAGUUGUGGGAGCACUUAACGCUUGGUAUUCUGCGAAGCAAUCACACUAA